UAAAGUGGCGAAUGUAACCAACAGUUUUGAAGCUGUAUGAAGUCUGUAACCAACAGUUUUGAAGCUGUAUGAAGUCUGUGCUUUCCCCGCUCUUGAUUUGGGUCCGGACGGAGGAGAAGGACUGAGUAUGCAUUGGAACUACUUUGUGUCGGAUAGCCGUGCUGCGGCUUUCUCCCGUUUGUCCGUGCUAUUCCGCCAUCUUGAAUUUUAAUGUAAUUUUUUUUUUUAUGUUUCUUGUAACAUUUACGUUGCUGUUUCAGAUUUAGAUUACUUUUAAGAGGGUUGCCUUAUUGCACGAUUAGUUGACGAGGUCACCCGGGUCGGGCAUCCUGGAGCCUAUCCCAGCUAUCUUCAGGCGAGAGACAGGGUACACCCUGAAACGAUCACAAGCCAGUUGCAGAAUUCAUAUUCAAGAGCCCUAUCUUCACCACUCAAUAGUGUUUCUUCAUCUCGGAGACUAAAUGCAACUGCACCAGGGGGCUUGUGGGCAUGAAGUGGCUGGGCGAAUCCAAGAACAUGGUAUUAAAUGGCAGACGACAUGGAAACAAGUUGACCAGUGAGCACCCUGUGAUCCAGAGCCAGCCUCGGUCUCAUCAUUCACAGCGGACCUCCCUGCGACACAACAAAACUCUUCCCAAAAACCGAAGAUGUAGCCGUAGGUUUCAUGCAACCAGCCUGGACUCAGAGAGGCGAUAUGUGCCUUCCUCAGGAAUGACUGCAAAGGAGCUCUGUGAGAAUGACGACCUGACCACAAGUCUCAUAUUAGAUCCUUACCUGGGCUUUCAGACUCACAAAAUGAACACCAGAUUUCGGCCAGUCAAGGGAAGACAGGAGGAACUGAAGGAAAUCAUUGAACGCUUCAAAAAACAUGAUAACUUGGAAAAAGCCUUUAGAGCGUUAAUUUCAGGGGAAUGGUCCCGAAAUCUUUUUCUUCACAAGACAAAAUCUCAAGAAAAGCUAUUUAAACAACAUGUUUUUGUGUACUUGCGGGUGUUUGCCACUGACAGUGGGUUUGAAAUUCUUCCAUGUAAUCGCUAUUCUUCGGAGCAAAAUGGAGCUAAAAUUGUGGCGACAAAAGAAUGGAAAAGAAAUGAUAAGAUCGAAUACUUGGUGGGAUGUAUUGCUGAGUUGUCGGAGAGUGAAGAAAACUUGUUACUGCGGCAUGGGGAGAAUGACUUCAGUGUCAUGUAUUCUACUCGUAAGAACUGUGCACAACUCUGGCUGGGGCCAGCUGCUUUUAUUAAUCAUGAUUGUCGUCCAAACUGCAAGUUUGUGUCGACAGGGCGGGACACUGCGUGUGUCAAGGUGCUGAGGGAUAUUGAACCAGGCGAGGAAAUCUCUUGUUACUAUGGAGAUGGAUUUUUUGGGGAAAACAAUGAAUUUUGUGAAUGCUACACCUGUGAACGACGUGGCACUGGUGCUUUCAAAUCCAAAGCUGGCCUGCCUGUUGAAGUUCCUGUGAUCAACAGCAAAUACGGGUUGCGGGAGACCGACAAACGUCUGAACCGUCUGAAGAAGUUAGAAGGAAACCGGAGUUUGGAUUCUCACUCUGUCGGCUCCCACAUCGAUGACAUAGACUCUCAGGAAUCCCCCAAAACACAUCAGUCUGCCAGAAAAAGAUCCUCUGGCCUCAAGUAUAAAAACAGGACUCAAACAAGGCAGACUUUGUCAAGAGCCCUCACUACCUCAUGUUCAAAACAAGGACGUGUAAACAAUAAUAGGGUACCAAAGAGACUAAAAUCCCAAUCAAAGCCUUCUCUAAGUAAAGUCCAGUUGCGGAGUCACAGAAGUGGUUCGGAGCCCAAAGUGUUGGUCAAAGGUGAGACUUGCCAGCUAGGUCUCAGGGACUCAAAGGUGUCACUGUGUAAAGGUGUUUCCGUAAAGAAGGAGAAGAAUGGGCAGGAGCUGGUCCAACAGACGCUUGGCCAGCGAGGAUGCUUAACACGUCAUGCUGCAAAGGAAAAUGUUAGUCUAGCAGUUGUGCAACCCAGUAAGGGUUGCCUCUCUUCAACAUACAGAACUCGCAGGUCCACGAGGACAGUAGUCAAAGCCCAAGAAAAAACAGGUGGUGUCAAGGUGGAUUCUAGUGCUAUGCACAUUUUAAGCCCAGUCCCUGGUGCAGUGGUUAUUAAAUCAGAGCCAUCAGACAUGGAGGAGUAUAUCCACCCUGGGAUAGGUCUGGGGCAGCCAGAAUUAGAUCCCAGCUAUGCCCAAAGGGGUUCAUGCGACAGACUGAAACGCCCGUCACGUAUCAGGACAGAACGAACAAUUAAAUAUGAGGAGUCAUAUGGUGAGCCGUUUACGCCAAUGGCAUCUGGUCAUUCAACUAACUACUCAGAUUGUGGGAAGGUUCUGUUGAGUUUCUCUGACCGGCAUAGGGACUACAAUAGGGUUUCCAAUGGCAGAAAAUCCCUCCGCAGGGACAAGGGUAAGAAUAGCUGUCGCUCUCAAGACAAGGGGAAGAAAAAGCGGCAGAUCACUCGUUAUGAUGCACAGUUGAUCCUGGAGAACACGACAGGUCUCCCCAAACUGACACUUCGCAGACGACGAGACAGUAAUAGCAGCAAGACCAAUGAUCCUAAUGAUGUAAUUGGUUCUUCCAGUCUUUCUGCUUCAUCAGUGAACUCUGCUUCUUCUAGCAAGAUUAGCAUCAAGUUCAGUAAGGACCAUGACAAGGACAAAGGCAGCUCAUAUAUAGCAAAACUUAAUAAUGGUUUUGCCCCUGUGGUUCACAGUAACUCCACAAAGCUAAAGAUAAAAUUGAAGCGAGAGGAUGACGUGCGGAGAACAUCCCAGAUGAAGGCAGACCAAGUGUCCUUUAAUGGUGACAUGGGUCAGGGUUUUGAUGCGAGAAGUGGUGAACAUCGGACCCAAAAAAUUAUCGCAGAACCAUCAUCUGAAGAUGAAAAUUAUGUGGAUGGUGAUGACCCUGAUGACGAUGACUACUUUGACAAUGAGUUUGAUGACGAUUUCAUUCCACUUCCCCCGGCAAAACGGCUGAGACUCAUUGUGGGUAAAGACUCUAUUGACAUCGAUAUUUCCUCCAGGAGGAGAGAUGAUCAGUCUCUGAGGCUAAAUGCAUAGCUUGUGGAGCUCAUUACUCAUGUUCCUGUAAAUAAUGAAAACAAGCUAAUCAACUGUUGUUGAUGUAAAAUAAGUACAGUAAUUUAAAAAUGAAAAUCUGUUAAAUCUGGGCCAAUACUCAUAAAAAUUAAAAAAUGUUCUCACAGAGUUCCUAACGUUCGAUAAAAGUAGUUGCAAUGAAAAUACAGAUUUGUGGAAAAUUGGUUCCUCCCACCACAUACACACUCUCACUCCCAAACACACCACAAAGAAUUUGGGAAUAUUCUAGAUAAAAUGCUUCCAAUGCUUUAGUUUUUUUCAGGCCACCUAUUGUAAUUUACGAGAGCACUCAGCAUCAUGGUUUUGCAAACUCUCCAUCAGUGAGCUCUUCAACUUAAUGAUGCAAUAAUUUGGAGUCUUGAAGGAUCCAUUUUGAACACUCAGAACAAAUUUCACCCACUCGGAGGACAUAGUAUUCUUUGAGUAUGGGCCCAGAACAUUACUUCGAAGGGGGCUGUUAACCUAAAACAAAUCUCAAUUCUAUUCAUCAAUAAGUAUGUUUGGUUUUUCUUUUUUUUUUUUUCUCCCCUCACUGCUGGAAUACACCAACUUUAUGUAACCGUCUUACCAUAUGCAAAUAUUUUAGAAUCAAUUGUCACCUUUAUGAAAUUGUACAAUUCAAUUGAGUUGAGCGACAAUUUGUUUGGUGUUGUAACACUUCAUUUGGACUUUCCUUUGUGAGGCAUAAAAUGGCUUUGUAUGGAAGGUAUGCCAAUCAUCUAACAAUCUCCCUUUCCACCCUCUCAAUUUUUUUUGUAUUCGGUUUUAGCAAUUUUGUUACCCUCACUGGUUUUCCGGCAGCAGAUGUUACACUUGGUUGCUUUAAAGACAAGUUGCACUUACCCUUUGCAAUUUAGGAUGCAGCAUUAUCAUCUUCUAGAAAGGUUUUUGCAGAACUAAAUCGAGAAUUGUUUUAUGUUGAACUAAUCCUUUCAGUGAAUGCACUUAUAUUCAUAAUGGACAUUGAUAUUGUAAAAACGUGUACAGUGACUAUCCACUCUGUCUUAUAGGCAGGUUUUUAUUGCGCUUUGUUGUUUCCUCAUAGUUUGUAUUUUUUUUUGUAUGUGGGAAAUCAUGCUGAAUGUUCAGUGUGGUGCACUUGGUCCAAAAGCAUUAAAAUAUUAGUAAAUCACUUCAUUUGGAUAAAUGUGCCAUGUUUUAAUUACUGCAGUCUCAACCCUGGACUUUUUACCCAUUUCUGAUAAAAUUAAAAAAAAAAAUGUAUACAGAGUUAAAAAAAAUAGCGCAUGGUUUUAUGACACGGUACAUGACUCCAUUUAAAUGGCCGGUUUUUUUUUUCUACUUUUGGAGCCUCUUAAAAAAUUAAGUUGAAUUAAGUCAUGUUGCUUAAUCAAGCUACUUAUACUUUAAAACCUCUAAUUCUAAAAGUAAUGUACAGAAAGACUGGCAUAUUUUGAAUAAUCAUUUUUUUCCCCAUUUUUUUCUGCACACCCUUAAUUUUAUUUUGCUUUCAGCCAUUUUGCAGGCAAAAAAUGUGAUGUUCAAUGGAGUUUGAGGAAGAAAGCUUAUGAUGUCAGACAAACCUGGCUUGGAAUCAUUUCUGUUCUCAGUGGUGCUACUAGUUUCAUUGCAUUCUUUUGUCCAAUGGUGUGUUAUAUGUGGCAGCAUAAUGUCAGACUUUGAGUCCAAGUACUUAUCCCUUUUAUUUUGUUAUUCAUAGAUUUUUGUUUUAAAAUAUAUUCAGUCCAACAUCAAGAGGUGCCUUAGCAAUUUGAUUACAUUUUUAAAAAUAUUAAAAAUGACUGGCUUCCCCCUUGAAAUAUCUGCAUCUAACACUGUCAGUCUCUUUGUCUAUUGUUUUUCUCCUCUGGAAGUUAACAACUACCCAGUAGAUUGAGGGAUCAACUUCAGUAGACGGUUACUUACUUUUCAAGUUAUGUACUGUUCAUAUCACCAGCAGCUACUCAACAUUCUAAAAUGGGCUUUGUCUGUCUUUUCCUUUUGUCUUAUUUUCUGCAUCCUACUGCACUGUAAACUGUUCCAGAUGUACCGUUUGUGUGCUGUUUGUCCAAUAGACAGCUGUCAGUUUUUGCUAAUGUUUCAAAAAGGAAAACAUGUAAAUAAUUUGCAAACAUUUAGCGUGUUACGUUGUUAGUGGGAAACCUGUAAAAAUAAAACUGGGCAGUGAAGAUAUUGUCCAAUAUAUAAAUCACGUGAACACACCUUGUACUUAUUUAACAAUUUUGAAUACUCUAUUUGAACAAAGUUCCUUUGUGACUCAUUUCCAAAGUUUCUCUUGUAUUGAGAAAUGUUGCGUCGCAGGAGUCAGAAUUUAUAUUUAGGAAUCCAUUUUAGAAUAAGGGGGUAGUUUUGCAUUCACUUGACUCUCAUUGUCACAAUUUUACUUUCCCCCAAAACAUUUGUUUUAUACAUUAUGUGGACAAAAACUUUAUUCGUAUAAGGUGACGGGACUGUGUUUUGUGAGUGGGUUUUCACUUCACAAAGGUAAUUGAUGUUGGACCUGAGAGGUCUUGGUGGCUCACCAUGUCUAUAUGUAGUUCGGCCCAACGGUGUUUCAUGGGCUCGAGGUUGGGGUUCUGGGUGGGCUCUUCACUAUAGUCAAUAGAGCAUGCCUUUCUGGACCUUAAUUUAUUUAGUUUAUUUCCCCUCACCCACCCAGCAUGGUGGUGCAGCUGUAAAGCGUUGUCUUCACAGUUCGCAAGUCCGGCGUUCACUCCUGGCCCCGCCUGUGUGAAGUUUGCAUGUUCUCCCUGUGCCUGUGUGGAUUUUCUCCGGGCACUCUGGUUUAACUCCCACAUCCCAAAAACAUGCAAUAUUAAUUGGAGACUUUAAAUUGCCCCGAGGUGUGAUUGUGAGUGCGACUGUCUGUCUCCAUGUUCCCUGUGAUUGGCUGGCAACCAGUGUUGGGUGUACCCUGCCUUCUGCCCGUUGAGUGCUGGGAUAGGCUCCAGUAUUCCCGUGACCCUUCUGAGGAUGAACGGUGAAGAAAAUGGAUGGAUGGAUGCAUCCCCCACUGGGAUAUAGGUUUGAUGGAACAGAAAGAGCCUUUUGCAAAUUGUUCCCACAAAGUAGGAUGCAACGUAUAUAAUUGUUAAAAGUUCUCUAAGAUAACGAAGUAAGAUUGAGGGGUCUUGUCUGAUUCCUGAUGAGUGUGUCUGGAUACCUAUAUAUAUAUAGGUCAUGCUAGAAUUGGAGGACAGGCACAAACAUUUUUGAGGAAAAAAAAAAAAGAUGUUUUUGGUUUUUUUUUUUUCCCCAAGAAAGGCAGGGAAUAAAAGGAUAUAUAAUUCUAUAUAACCCUAACUCUGUCACCUAUGGACAUGACCAAACUAUCGAAGUCUGUUCUCUCGAACUUUGUCUACAAAACAUCUAAUUUGGCUGUCCCUCAAAUGAGGUCUUUUCUAAUCCUUUUCAACCUGCUCACUCCUAGAGAGAACCUCAACAUCUUAAUUUCUGCCAACUCCAGUUCUGCUUCCUGUUGUUUCUUCAGUGCCACCAUCUCUAAUCCGUACGUCAAGGCUUGGCUCUCCACUAUUUUAUAAACUUUGCUCUUUAUCCUAGCAGAGACUCUUCUGUCACUUAACACCCCUGACACGUUCCGCCAGCUUUUCUAACCUGCUUGGACCUGUUUUUUCACUUUCUGAGCACAUUCACCAUUGCUCUGGAUUGUUGAACCCUGUUCCACGAUCGCCAUUGUUGUAGCUUUGUUCCUUGUUUCAGAAAGGAAAGUGAAAUGGCCAUAAAAUGCUGAGGAAAGGCAGCGGUCAAUUACCUUUUCACAGAGGCUCAGAAAGGUAUGUUUUUUUUUUUUUUUUUUUUUUUUUUU